UCUAUGAUUAUUUUCGAUUGUUAACUCUGAUUACUCUUGUCAUCUAUACAACUAAAUUUAGAUAAAAAUAUUUUAAUUUUACUUAUGACUUUUCAUUUAAAAAAAUAAUUUACAAUUUUUAAUUUUCAAGAUAUGCCACGAUGAAUAAUUAAUUACUGAGUAAUAAAAUCUUACGAAAUAACGAAAAUUUAUAUACAAAAUUUUUCAAGAAAAAAUAAUUCACGGUGACAAUUUAACAUAGCCUUGUCAUCUUGGGUCUUUUGAUGCGCGAAUAAUUACUUUAAAAAAAAAAGAUACACACAUUGUUUAUAUAUUUUUAAAAUUACUUCUAAUACAGGAUAGAAAAAAAAAAAUUGUCAUGUGUUUAAAAAACAAAAUAAUAAUAAACAACCGAGUCAUAUUGUCUGUCACGCAUUAUAAUUUACGUACCAUGAAAAUUCAUGACGACGAAAGCGAAACUAAAAGAGGAGCAAUUAUUUUUAUGAUUCAAAAAACAAAAAAUUAUCCCCAUUUGACUAUAUAUACUCCAGAGUGACAGUAUAUAUGAUCACAGUACUGUCAAAAAAUUCAUAAAGAUUAUUUCUUACAGUUGAAAAACAAAAAAAAAUAAAAUAAAAAUAAAAACAUUUUUAAAAUGAUUGAAAAACGUAUAAAAUUAGUUUUAUUUUUGUUAUCUAUAGCUAUUUCAAAGAUAAAUUGUUCACCAAAAUAUGAUCUAGGAGGAUUUGUACCAAGCUCAGUUGAUUACAUGGAUAGUAAAGAAAAUAUUGAUGAUCAAAUUGCAACACAAACACAAAAUAUAAGAGCACAAUCAAGAAGUGAUGAUAUUAAUUCAACAGCUAAAAAUUUUGAUUCAAAUAAUCAAAUGAAAGAACGUAGUCAAGAGCCAAGAUUUGGAUUCACCAAUAUUGGAAGUACAGCCUCGGGAUAUGGUGUAUCAAAUUAUGGACCGGGUAAAGUUGAUCUUGGAGGAUUAGUUUUAGGAGCAGUUAUUGGUAUUGGAACAAUUUUAAUAAUACCAAAAAUUUUAUAUGUUAUAUCUGGUUCAUAUGGAGCAUAUGCAAGAAAUGAUGAUAGUGGUAUUGUUAAUUCAAUGACAAAAAUUGAAGAUAUACUUGCACGUAAUGGAAUUGAUACAACAUCAUGUAUGCAACGUGCUGUAUGUACAUAUACUAAAAAAUCAUCAGAAACAAUAUCAUCAUUAAAUGAUAUUGAUUAUGAUGAUAAAAUAUCAUCAUUUGAUCGUAUGAUUGAAUCAAUAACAACAAAUCAAUUAUUCCGUACGGCAAUGCGUGGUACAGCAGUACAAGAAGCUAUUGAAGCUGGUAAAAGUGGACAAAGUUGUACAAAAAUAUAUCCACAAUGUGGUUUUUCAAUUGAUACAUUAAUGUCAAUUGCAUCAAAUAUUUUAAUAGCUAUUAAACAAUCUGAUACUGCACAUUCAACAACUCAAUCAGACAAGCUAUAAUAAUUUAAAAAUGCGCCAUUAUAACUAUUAAAAUUAUUGAAAAAAAAAAAAAGAAAAAA